AUGGAAGAGCUAGGCAUCUUAUCAACGCCUACUAGUGGAAGCGGCGAAACCGCCCCUAUUGGUUCUUAUGGGUCUUUAGUUGCACAACUUAACAGCAAUGCUGGCAGUGCCAUCAAUGGGAGUUCGGACAACUACUUCAGGCUCAAGAAGCUGGAAAAAGAAUUGGAACUUUUGAAUCUUCAGGAAGAUUACAUUAAAGACGAGCAGCGCCACUUGAAGCGUGAGCUGCUAAGGGCGCAAGAGGAAGUGAAACGGAUUCAGUCUGUCCCCUUGGUUAUUGGACAGUUUCUAGAGCCUAUCGAUGAAAACACAGGUAUAGUCUCAAGCACGACUGGGAUGAGCUACGUGGUGAAGAUUUUGUCCACGUUGGACCGCGAGCUCUUGAAGCCCUCGACAUCUGUGGCGCUGCAUCGUCACUCCAACGCUUUGGUCGACAUCCUUCCACCAGACUCUGACUCUAGUAUAUCGAUUAUGAGCGCAAACGAGAAACCUGAUGUUAGCUACUCGGAUGUGGGUGGUCUGGACAUGCAAAAACAAGAGAUAAGAGAGGCUGUUGAACUGCCUUUGGUGCAAGCAGACCUGUAUCAACAAAUUGGUAUCGACCCUCCAAGGGGUGUGCUUUUGUAUGGCCCACCAGGUACCGGUAAAACUAUGCUGGUAAAAGCAGUAGCUAACAGUACAAACGUCGCGUUCAUUAGGGUCAACGGUUCGGAGUUUGUCCACAAAUACCUGGGUGAGGGUCCUAGAAUGGUGCGCGAUGUGUUCAGACUCGCCAGAGAGAAUGCGCCUUCAAUCAUUUUCAUAGACGAAGUGGAUUCUAUCGCCACUAAACGUUUUGACGCUCAGACGGGGUCUGACCGUGAAGUUCAACGUAUAUUAAUCGAGCUUUUGACACAAAUGGACGGUUUUGACCAGAGCAUCAAUGUCAAAGUGAUCAUGGCAACCAACAGAGCCGACACUUUAGACCCUGCUCUGUUGAGACCUGGAAGACUCGACAGGAAGAUCGAGUUCCCCUCUCUAAGAGACAGAAGAGAAAGGCGUCUGAUUUUUGGCACAGUUGCCGCAAAGAUGGCGUUGGCUCCAGAAGUCGAUUUGGACUCUCUCAUAAUCAGGAACGAUCCUCUUUCUGGUGCCUUGAUAGCAGCCAUCAUGCAAGAAGCAGGUCUGCGCGCUGUCAGAAAAAAUAGAUAUGUCAUUCUACAAAGCGACCUGGAAGAAGCUUACGCAUCGCAAGUGAAAUCUAGCAGCGACGUGGACAAAUUCGAAUUCUAUAAAUAG